GUGUGGUGCGGUGCAUGCCUCCCUGCCGGCUCCGCGCGGGACUCGCGGUGGAUGCGCCGUUCGGCUGCCGCCUGCCCCUGCCGGGCUGAGGCCGCUCCGUGAGGGACGCUGCGGGGGGCGGCCCUGCUCCGAGCUCCUUUCCUCGCCCGCCUCGCUCGGUGCUCGCCGCCGCCUGUCCGCGCCGCUGGCGGGGAGCGAUGCUGCACGUGGAGAUGUUGACGCUGGUGCUCCUGGUGCUGUGGAUGUGCGUGUUCAGCCAGGACCCCGGCUCCAAGGCGGUGGCCGACCGCUACGCCGUCUACUGGAACAGCACCAACCCCAGAUUCCAGAGAGGGGACUACCACAUUGAUGUCUGCAUCAAUGAUUAUUUAGAUGUGUUCUGUCCUCACUAUGAGGAUUCAGUACCAGAAGAUAAGACUGAACGCUACGUUCUUUACAUGGUGAAUUUCGAUGGCUACAGCUCCUGUGAUCACACUUCCAAAGGAUUCAAGAGGUGGGAAUGUAAUCGGCCUCACUCCCCAAAUGGACCGUUGAAGUUCUCAGAAAAAUUCCAGCUCUUCACUCCGUUCUCACUAGGAUUUGAGUUCAGGCCAGGCCGGGAAUAUUUCUACAUCUCUUCUGCAAUCCCAGAUAAUGGAAGGAGGUCCUGCCUAAAGCUUAAAGUCUUUGUGCGACCAGCAAACAGCUGUAUGAAAACUAUAGGUGUUCAUGAUCGUGUUUUCGAUGUUAACGACAAAGUAGAAAAUUCAUUAGAACCAGCAGAUGAUACCGUACAUGAGUCAGCCGAGCCAUCUCGUAGUGAUAACGCGGCACAGACACCAAGGAUAUCCAGCCUGCUUUUGGCAACCCUACUGUUCCUCUUGGCGAUGCUUUUGAUAUUAUAGCACAGUAUAUUCCAGUAACCUGUCACAGAAAACAUCAGGGUCUUGGAACAUCAAAGAUCCACCUAACUGCUUAUCCCAAGAAAGGGACUUUAUAUUGGUUUUGCAGAUGUCAAUUUUUUUUGGUUUGGUUUGGUUUUUUCUUUUCAGCCUGAACUAUGAGCAAGAAUUUGAGGGGAAUAACUAAUUUCAACACCCAACCCUUCCCUGUGACUUUCCUCAACCCCUCCAAAAAAUAAAAGGACUCCAAAUGAAAAUGCCAAAUUAUAAUAGUGACACUAGUGAUUCUUAUUUUCCUCUGCAUUCUCCUAUAAGAAGUCACCACCGUUAGCUCACUGUGUUAUCUGUAUGUGGACAAGGAAGAAUAGUGGCAGAUGCAGUCAGUGAAGGAUAAGGAAAUUGAGUGGAAGCCCGGGAGGGUUUUAAUCUCCGAUACAAUAUUUAUGCCUUCUCGUUCAGUUCUGUAAGAUGAUCAUGCAAGGCAUCAUGUUAUCAUGUCAGGACUGGAGGGGAGAUAUUAAGAACAGAUACAAUAUAACACCACUUCCUCCAGGAGUUUCAAAAUGAACGGGCUCUAAAAGGAAAAGACAUUGUUUCUUAUAGGACUGGCUUGAAACAUCCUUGGUAGAAAAGCUUGUUCUCCCACAAUAGAAGCUCUGUUUUUUGCGGGGGGAGGGGAGAUGAAUACUUAGGAAUGUUAGCACACAGCAAGCAAGGUCAGAUUUAGGAAACUUCACUGAGGGUGAUAGUGCCUCGGUUACUUCUGUUUCAGUGGAUAGUACACACCAGAUUAUUUUCUUUCAAAGCAGAUCACCAUGGUGCUACAAUUUUUUUCUUGAAAUGCAGAAGCAUUUUUUGUGAAUAAAGUGACCUUCCCCGGGGCUGACUUAGUAGCUGAUAGCCUUGGAUGCUGCUCUGGGUGACCAUACGUACUAAAGAGAGGACAUCAGUGGCCAGAGGAAACAUGUUUGGGACACUGGCUCUCCAGUGUGCUCUUGAUUUGUCUCCCCUGCAAGUUCAACAACCCUGAGAAUAAAACACAAGUAGAAGAAGCCAGGACAGUCAAUCGGCAUUGCUUGGUAGGGGGAAGAAAGGAAGAGUGUGGAAUACAAAUUCAAGAGUUGAUUUUUUUUUCCCCUUUCCAACACAGUUUGAAGAGUAGAGGAAACGUGUUUAUCAGCAGGAGAUAAACUAGAUGGGCUCCCAAAGACUUAACAAAAUAUUUUUUUAAAAAUCCACUAGAAUAGAAAAUACAUUAUUUAGAUAUACUUUAUGCUGAGAGUGAGUAUAUAUGCUUGUCCUAUUUAAACAUGUGAGAGAAGUGGUAACCCUUGAUGCAAUUAGGAAUAUGGGGAGUGUCUUGUUGAUGGAAAGUUUAAAGAAACUGAGCAUGGCCAAGAUAGGACUUGAAAAAGUCAUGUGCCAGGAAAUGCAAGCCUUGGGGUUUCUAUUGGCUAGACUGCCGUGGACUUCGAACUCUGGAACGUAGUCAGGGAAAUGUCACCAACACUGAAACAGAACCUUUCAAGCACGAAAAAAAAAAGAAAAUAUUAUGUUAAAUGUGAAAAAACAGAGCACUUUCCAACAACACAAAGGUUUUUCUGUGUUUGUUUCAAAGAUAAAGUGUAGUUUAAAAAUGAACUGGUAUAAUUAAUGGACAGCAUUCUGUGAAUAUAAUUAAGAAAAAGAAAGAAAAUAAAAGCUGAUUCCUUGAGGUUUCUGGGAAGAAAUGAAUUUAAGGCACACAGGGAAGUUUUACCCUUGUUAAGCUAAAAUCUGGGCUUGCCUGAUACCAUGGAGUAUGGAUAUUAAAUGCAGCCUCUGCAUUUAAGAUAAGACUGAGGAAAUUUCUACUAAUAUCGAGCACAUACAACCAAGACCCAAAGUCUAAGCAGUGAGGAAAAUCAACCAUUUUUGUUGCAAUAUAUGAUGAAGACAUUGUUUGAUAUAGUCAGUAAAUUUAUUUCUUUAUCACAUAUACUUGGGGCAAGUGCUAGUACUUUCUUCAGCAAAUUAUUAGAGCUUUGAGGAAGGUGGCCUUGAGGCUUAAAGCACCCCUUUAAGGAUCUUUAGGCAGAGUAAAGAUAAUAUUGCAUGCUAGAUUACCACCCUUAAAACACUUCCUACAGCUCACAGUCAUAGUUCUAUUAAUAAUGCUAAUUUUAUUUUAGAAAUGGUAGCUUUGGUGGUUUUCCAUCAGUUCUCUAUAAAUGGUAAUGAACUCACAGCUGCAUAUCUAUCAACCUCAAACUUUUAUUCACUAAUCUUUUAUUCACUUAUUCAACUCUUUGCUUUAUUGCAUUGCCUCUGCUAACUAAAUGAAUCACAGCAAAACUACUACAGCUAAUAGAUUGCUACACUGCAUAGAAUAAUAUAACUGUGCGUGGCAAGCUUACCAAACAUUAGCUUGAAUACUUGAUGGCAUCUGGCAAUCCCAGUCAUACCAAGUUAAGCAAGUGCUAUAAAUCAUUGAAUCUCUGUGUUUGGUGUUGAGUUACAAAACUCUGGAAGCUUUGGAGGAUGUUGGUGCAAGUUUUAGUCAGAUUUCCUCCCCACAAACACAUCCCCACAGAUGUCUGAGGGAAUAAUUCUGUUACAGCAGUCCCUCAGUCCAGAUAGUUCACCCCUACGAGCUGCACUCCUGGUUGCCAAGGGCUUUGCAACAUGAAGCAGGGAAAUAUGGAUCAGUCUGUUUAGUGGAUACUGUGUAUCCUUUAAUAGACAAGGUAACAUUUCGUGUUAGUUUAGAAUAUUGUUUUGUACUGUACUUUCUUGGAUGGCAAAGGAAAGACAAGUAAAACAUAAAAAAGCUAUGUUCUUUAAAUUCUGUAUUAUUAGCAACCUCUGUUGUAUAUAGUGUUUGAUAAUAAAGUAUUAAUUUGAUUCUUA